AUGCAUACCAUCACGACCAGCGUGGAGAUUGCAGCCGCUCCCGAGGUAGUGCGGGAUAAGUUCCUGGAUUUCGCAGCUUUGCCCACCUAUUCUCCGUCCGGCUUUAUACAGCACAUCAUCCCGGUCAAUGACAAGCUUCCCGGGCACCUUCAAGCUGGGGACCAAUUGAAAUGUACUGUCAACUACGGCAAGUCGCAAUUCACCCCCACCGUUCGAGCCAAUAGCCCAGACCUCUUCAGCUGGGUGGGCUCGAUCCCCGGAAUUUUUACAGGCGAGCAUCGCUUCAGCUUUGAAUGCGCUCCGACAGACCAGCCUGGCAAAGCGAGCCGAACACGUCUCGUUCACGAAGAGCGAUUCACCGGACUGCUCAGCUUUCUCAUGGGUCAGGGCAUGCUGGCCAACGCUGCGGGGUGGAGAGAUAAUACCCGCCAAGGGUUUGAAUCAUUCAAUCGGGAUUUCAAAGUUUGGGUGGAGACCUCCACGAGAUAA